AUGGAUCCUGCUGCUGGCAUUUUUUCUCCAUUUCACAUAGAGGGAGGAGGGAAAAAUGGCCUAUUAGAGAACGCAGUGGAGGCGUUGGGAACAGCUGGCCGCGAUGCUGAUGCUGUUAAUCAACGCGAUGCUACGAAGAAGAACAGUAACAACAAUAGAGUGAAGGAGAAUGAUUCGAGUCGUCGUGGAACUCCCUGUAGUAGUUGUGGUUCGGUUUAUACUACAGCUAUCGUUCCUGCUGGUGGGAUGUAUUUGUGUAAUGAAUGCGCUGCGGAACAUGAGGCCAAUCCAAAGACUUUUAGUUUUCCGCCGAAUACAUUAAAGUGCUGUCCUGCAAGUGUGACGGAGGGAAGUGACGGUGUUGUGCGUUGCCACGCCUGCCAUGGAUGGUACCACUUUGCAUGUCUAGAAAUACAUGAUAAGACUCUAAAGGAUUAUCUUGCGUUAUCUACUACAAAGUGGUAUUGCCCAGAACCCACUUGCUGUGAAAAUAUUCUCCAAGAAAAGUUGAAGAAAAAACGGUAG